CGAUUACUUGCAAUCCAAAUUACGCCAUCGGAGACAUCAAUCAUGACAUCGACCUGGGCACGAACUAGAACGCAUUUUGCGUGUCAACCGAAACUUGACCAAUCAUACUUGUUAUUCAAUAGGAACCUCGCCCUCUUAUAUCACGACAGCCGACCCCGUCAUGGCGAAGUUAAGCUGCUCAAUCGUUAUCAAGUCGGGGUUUACGUAUUAUGGUGGUCUAUGUAACUACGCCUUUUUUCGCUAUCAAGGGUCGGACGUAAUUACUAUCAUGGAUUUAGUUGAUUGUGAAUGAUUUUUAUAAAUUGUUCAUCUUCUUUCUCGUUAAAGUCGUGGUUGGAAUAUACGGUUAAUUGGUAGGUACCUACCUAAUAGCGGAGGAGUAAUCAUCUCACUCAGCAGCCACGAUGUCUGAGCGCCCCUCACCUAAGGAGAUCUUGGUGAACGAGUCUACCCUUGACGUCGCGGGAUCUUCGCGACAGGAAUCGGAAUUAGAACCGGUGGAAAAAGUUAAGGCGCCAUGGUGGUCGUUCAUCUGGGACUACGAGCCCGGCCGGUCUCAGGAGGAGCGCGUGUUCAUCCAGAAGCUCGACAUCUUUUUGGUCACCAUGCUCUCGUUUGGGUACUUCAUCAAGAACUUGGAUCAGACUAACAUCUCGAAUGCGUUCGUCAGCGGGAUGAAGGAGGACUUGGGUAUGAACGGCAACGAGAUCAACCUUGUUGACACUGCGUGGACGGUGGGCUACGUUGUCGGACAGAUCCCGUCGCAAAUCGUCCUAACGAAAGUUCGACCCUCUGUCUGGGUUCCGUCGUGCGAGCUUGUAUGGACGCUCUUGACAUUCUGCCUCGCGGCGGCUAAGACGCCGAACCACGUCAUCGCCAUCCGUUUCCUCGUCGGGCUGGCUGAGUCAAUUUUCUAUCCAGCCGCUCACACGAUCCUUGGGUCGUGGUACAAGCCCUCGGAGCUGGGGAAGCGAGCUUGCAUCUUCCACGCAUCAUCAGCCGCUGCCGCCAUGUUUUCGGGCUACCUCCAAGCAGGUGUGUACCGAGGAUUAAAUGGAGUUAACGGGCUUGCUGGCUGGAAAUGGCUCUUUAUUAUGGACGGGGUUAUUAGUCUCCCAAUCUGCAUCGCGGGAUUCUUCAUACUACCGGACCUCCCUGAGAACACAAGGGCUUUCUACUUGAGUGAGGAUGAUCGUGCUAUGGCUAGGGAGCGUAUGAACAAAGUUGGGCGUGCACCUCGCACGAAAUUAGGACUCUCCACCUUCAAACGUAUAUUUGGUCGAUGGCACGUCUAUCUUCUCACAAUAUUAUAUGUUAUAUUCAUUAAUAUCGGACCGUCGUCAAGUAUCAACGUUCUAGCUAUCUGGUUGAAAUCAAGAGGAGAAUCCGUUGAAAGAAUUAACAUCAUCCCCACGGCCAUGUCAGCUAUCCAACUUGUUCUCACCGUCACACUCGCCAUUGUCUCCGACGCUAUUCGUCAACGGGCCAGCAUAAUGUCCAUCAGCACAUUCAUCGGCGGCUUUGCAGCUCUAGUCCUAGCCAUUUGGAACGUCCCCGACGGCCUAAAAUGGUUUGCGUUCCUCAUUCAGCGCGCCUCGGUCCCAUACGGACCUCUCAGCAUGAGCUGGACGAACGAGAUAUGCGGCGCGGACGCCGAAGAGCGGGCUAUUGUCAUUGGAAUUAUGAAUUCUAUGGGCUACGCUUUUAAUGCCUGGGUGCCCUUACUAACGUACCCCCAAGUAGACUCUCCGAGGUUUAGGAAGGGUUUCAUUUCCUCGACGGUCUUGUUCGGCGCGCAGGGCAUCAUAACGGCAAUAGUGGCGUUUAUGUAUAGGCGAGAUCAAAAGAAGAACAACCGUAGAGACGAUGCUCCUGGUAUUGGGGAUGAAGGGGGUGUUAUUGUGAGCUCUCUGGAUCGCCCCUGACUUUAAGUCUUAGC